AACUCCUCCACCGCCGCGGGCCCCCCUCAGAAAAAGAAGAGGAACCAACCAGGUAACCCAAAUCCGGACGCAGAAGUGAUCGCUCUAUCGCCAAAAACCCUUAUGGCCACAAACCGGUUCGUCUGCGAGGUCUGCAACAAAGGAUUCCAAAGGGAGCAAAACCUGCAGCUCCACAGGCGAGGGCACAAUCUACCGUGGAAAUUGAAACAGAAGAGCACAAAAGAAGUUCGCAGAAAAGUAUACUUGUGCCCGGAGCCUACUUGCGUCCACCACGAGCCUUCGAGGGCCCUUGGCGACCUCACCGGGAUCAAGAAGCACUUCUGCAGGAAGCACGGCGAGAAGAAGUGGAAGUGCGAAAAGUGCUCCAAGCGCUACGCCGUUCAGUCGGACUGGAAGGCUCACUCCAAGACUUGCGGCACUAGAGAGUACCGCUGUGACUGUGGAACUCUCUUCUCAAGGCGUGACAGCUUCAUAACCCACCGAGCCUUUUGCGACGCACUAGCCCAAGAGAGCGCGAGACUUCCCACCAACCUCAACACUAUCGGCCUCUUCUCCAACACCAACAACAUCAACCUCGGCUUCUCUCAAGUCAACCCCGGACACCUCGACCAGGGACCUGCUGCCUCCUCCGCUGCAGACCUUCUCCGUUCUUCUCAAGAACACCAAAACGCUUCACGUCUUAUGCAAUGCGCAGGGUCAUCCUCGCGCGCGGUCUCUGCCGCAGCCAGCCUCUUCAAUCUCAGCUUCUGUGGCACCACUAGUAACAAUGCCAAUAACGUAGUUAGCAACCCUAACAAUUCUGGUUUCUUGAUGGCCGACCAGGCGAACGCAGAACCGAUGACUCUCUUCGCUGGAACCUACAUGGGCGACUAUACCGAGCCAAUGCAGCUUCCUCAGAUGUCGGCGACGGCCUUGCUUCAAAAGGCAGCGCAGAUGGGGUCCACGACUAGCGACGGAUCAGGUGCAGCAGCGUUCGGGGGCAUAACUAGGGCGCAGAUGGAGAACGAGGCGAACCUACAGGAUCUUAUGAACUCUCUAGCCAAUGGAAAUGCCGGGAUCUUCGAUGGGUUUGGGCACCAUCAGGGGUUGAAUGAGAUGGAUCAUCAUCCACAUGAGAGCAAGUUGCACCAGAGUUUAAUGGGAGGGGGUUCUGAUGGACUGACUAGGGAUUUUCUCGGUGUUGGGAGUGUGGUUAGGGGUUUAGGGGGUGGAUUGGGUCAGAGAGAUCAGAAUCAAAUGGGCUCAUUGAACUCGGGCUCAACGGGUGGCAGCCGGAGUUUCGGAGGUGGGGCCUUGCAGUGAGAAGAAUGGUGCAAGGAGGAAGAAGAUGUAGGUGAAAGUUAAAGAGAAAGAGAGAGAAGUAAAAUAUAGCAAGUAGGAAUGUAACUCAACUUAGUGAACUUGUUGAAGUGUUUGUGUUAAGUUAGUGCAGUGUUAAGUACUGUUUUUGUUAGUGUUAUAGUGUUGUUAAAGUUGAGGAAACUUGUGUCGUAACUCUCAACAGUUGAGGAUAGAUGUAAGUCCUUAAUUGGAAAUAUAUAGAGUUCUUGUUUAAUUUUAGCCUAUUUUUGUGAUUAUUGUUUUUCUAGGAAAGGUUCGGCAAGGUGAAAUAGGAGGAGAUUCUUGUUGGA